GAUCCCGCUGUGGUCGGUGUCUGAGGCCUUAGCUGCCCGGCGCUGCGGCUGCAGGGUGCGCAGGAGCGCGGAAUUCGGUGCGUCGUGGGCAAGACCACGGGUCGAGUUCGGUUUUUCUUUGCCCGGCUGAGCUGCAGGGACGGCACAGUGCCCAGGUCUCCCGCAGCAGAGAAGCAGCUGGCCCGGGCCCCGGGGGCGCCCGCGCUGACCGUCCGCCCGCCGCCCCCGCAGACAACCGGGCCGCCGCCAUGGCCGACCACCUGAUGCUCGCCGAGGGCUACCGCCUGGUGCAGAGGCCGCCGCCCGCCGCGCCCGCCCACGGCCCUCACGCGCUCCGGACUCUGCAGCCGUACGCGGGCCCCGGCCUGGACAGCGGGCUGCGGCCGCGGGGGACUCCGCUGGGACCGCCGCCACCCCCACCCGGGGCCCUGGCGUACGGGGCCUUCGGGCCGCCGUCCUCCUUCCAGCCCUUUCCGGCCGUGCCGCCGCCGGCAGCCGGCAGUGCGCACCUGCAGCCCGUGGCUACGCUGUACCCGGGCCGCGCGACCGCGCCCCCGGGCGCCCCGGGAGGCCCCUCAAGCCUGCAGCCGGCGUCUGGCGCCGCGGCCCCUCCGCUCCCCGCGCACGCCCUGGGCGGCAUGGACGCCGAACUCAUCGACGAGGAGGCGCUGACGUCGCUGGAGCUAGAGCUCGGGCUGCACCGCGUGCGCGAGCUGCCCGAGCUCUUCCUGGGCCAGAGCGAGUUCGACUGCUUCUCGGACUUGGGGUCCGCGCCGCCCGCCGGCUCCGUGAGCUGCUGAGCGCCGCCGGGCGCCCGCCGGACUCCACACCAGCUACUGGGCCCCGCGCGCACCCUCCGUGAGGGUGGAGGCCGCGGGUUGUGCGCGGAGCCCGGCCCCCGGCUGGGACGCUUGGCGUCCCUCCAGGCCCUGCCUCCUGCGGGAUGACAGUUUGGCUUCACUUCCUGACCCCAGACUCAGCGGCAAAGUGAAGGGGACUGGACCAGCUUUCGGACCGCCCGUUGGAUUCUGUGUCCUCUUUCUUUCCAUGCCUCUCCCCGGUCCCAGCCCCCCGAUUCUGAGCCAUUGCAGGCCUCUGCCUGAUUUCCCUCUCUCCUCGUGCAACUCUUACCAGGAUUGGUCCCCAGAGCCGCCAUCCACUGAGCCCCCACCCCCGCUGCCUGGGACCUGCGGUGGCUGGGCCUCCCCCCUCGAGGAGGGGAAGAUUGUACAGCCCUAACGCCUGCAGAGUGGAGCAAUGCCCCAUCUGGCCUCCAAAACCAAAAUAAA